AUGACUGAUGGUCGUCGGAUGUCGGUAAUCGGUACCGACAUUUGUCGGUUCAAAGUCAGAGGUACUGACGGAGUGGGAUCAUGUCCCUCCGUUCAACCCGAUGCCCCCUGUCCUUAUGGUAUCUCUGAACAAACAGGAGAAACUCUGAAACUGGUUCCCAAGUAUCUACCACGUGAUCAUCUUGAAUAUGACGUCAGAACUCCAAAAGAACUGAGAGACAAAGUCAACCUGUACUGCACGCAGCCAGCUUGCCACUCGCAUACAUGUCUCAAUGGAGGUACCUGUGUGGAAGAGCUUGAUGGAUAUAGCUGCGUGUGUGUGGCAGCCUACGAAGGAGUACACUGCGGGAGAUAUAAUUUAGGUAUAUGUCCAGAUGGAUGGGUUUACGGGAUAACCAAAUGCUUUCUAAUCGCUCAAGACAUAUCGAACUGGCAGAGUGCUAGACUCUUCUGUUCAAAUUUACCCGAGGUAUCACUCGAUAACGGGGAAAGGAUUAAACCAUCCCUGUUGUUCAUAGAGAGCGAUGAAGAGUUUGAUCUUCUGGAACGCCAUGUAUCCGGCGGUUCACCUUGGAUGAAUUGUAACGACAUUGACGUCGAGGGGACAUGGGUGUGCAUCAGGGACGGUCUGGGUACAACCAGUUCAUAUAGAAAUUGGAACAAAAAUCAGCCUGACAACCCCCGCUCAGAUUGUGGAUUUCUGUACAUAGUAACCGGCGGAAUGGACGAUGGUGGAUGCUCUUCUCCUAAGCCUACAGUUUGUCAAAUCAACAUUCCUUCAUAA